AUGUCCCUGUCCCGGCUACCUCCAGAGAUACUCCUCUAUAUUCUCGGCUACCUGGGUUCUAAAUUCUUCGCUCAUGAUCUCCGCUAUUUAACUAUUUCGCGAACCUGGUACCACUUGGCCUGGAGCAUCCUCCUUCGCGAUUUGCACUUCACAACAAGGUCCCUUAGGCGAUUUACCGAUAACGAAAUCGUGUUUGAGCGCAGUCCUCUGCACAUCGUUACAGUCGACCUAUCUUUGGUUGUUAGGGAUGAGUCUAGCCAAUCGCCGCCGACAGACGAUCUGAGGGAAGCGUCUGGUAACGAGGGGGGAAUUGAUACGUCUUCUACACAGCUAGACUCGUCCUUAGCAAAGCUAGCUGCUCUGCUACUGCAAUGCCUAGGCAUACAAUCUCUAAGAGUCCAAGCAAGAGGUGAGGGCAGAGCUCUGCAACUAGGCGGCCCAGCUUAUUUGCACGCGACCCCGCUCACUGGCCUUCUCUCACUUCCACAUCUUACGUCCUUGGAACUCGACACUGCUGGCUGUCAUCUGGGGUCACCGCCUAACAGCAAUGUGCAUCUCUGUCGGUCAAUAAAUUCCUUACUACCAUCCUUACGACGUCUCCGUUGCCGGAUGGAGGAGAUUUGCGAGACCCUGCUCGAGCGUCCACCAAGCAAUACGGCCCUUGAGGAAGUCAUUGUGAAUUUGAGCAUCUCCCAGAUCUCUGAUACAAUCACAUCAUACCGCUGCCCCAAACGCUGCAAGACUGUUGCUAGGGACUUUUCACAACUGAAACUAGCUAUGGAAACCAAGGCAGCGACGCUCGCUACUCUGUUACGAAACCCUCGAACCCUCAGGGUCAUUUCACACGAGCUGCCAUCUCUUAACGUAUAUGCAUUUGACGCAAUUACAGGAAAGCGGAUGCUAUUAGCAAAUAACGUGGAGUGGGAUGCGGACGGCGAACUGGUUGACGACGUGGUCGAGGAGGACGAGGACGACUUGUUUGAUAGCGAUUCUCCGGUCACGCCCCAGAUAGUUUGGUAGACUUUCUCUUCUCUCGGACCAUCGCAACGGAAUAUCUAGC